GCAAAGCAGCUGUGCAACCAAAAGUAGCUGAUAAGCAAAAAGGCAAAAUAGUUGUGCAACCAAAAGUAGCUGAUAAGCAAAAAGGCAAAGCAGCUGUGCAACCAAAAGUAGCUGAUAAGCAAAAAGGCAAAGCAGAUGUGCAACCAACAGUAGCUGAUAAGCAAAAAGGCAAAGCAUAUCAUGUGCAACAAGGAGCUGAUAAGCAAAAAGGCAAAUCAGAUGUGCAACAAGAAGAUGAUAAGCAAAAAGGCAAAUCAGAUGUGCAACAAGAAGAUGAUAAGCAAAAAGGCAAAUCAGAUGUGCAACCAACAGUAGCUUAUGUUACUGUUAGUGAAGAAGAUUUGGACCAGCUUAUUGAUAAUUUUCAUGAGGAAAGCACAGAUGAGGA